UGCCUUCAAGUGUCCUCUGUUGAUCCAAUGCUGGCGAUAGUUUGCCGUACAUUACGAUUCAUUCUCACCAUAAUUUGAGGUAUUACUUGGAUACAGUAGCGUCAAAUAGACCAGUGCAAUCAUGGUAUGUUCAAUGGUUUUGGUAUUCGCUAUAAAGGAUCUAACUAACUUACGGUUCAUAGGGAAAAAAAAAAAAAUUUUGUGGUGUAUUUUCUUUCUUUAUUGUAAGAGUUGUCAUAAAAACCGGGGUUGGGUGUCAUUCACUAUUUCAAAGGGUUCAACAGGUAAUCUGGACGCACGAUAAAUAGACCUUUAGCUGUCUGAGAAAUCGACGUACAUGUUCCCUGUGCGUUGAUUGUCAAGAGUACGACAUCUUCGUGACCCUUAAAGGCAUCAAGAUAGAUCAGCCGGAGCUCUGAACAGUUGGAGUUAUCGUCUCAAGCUGCUCAGACGACCAAGGUAAGGUGAUUUACUAUGUUUACCUACGGCAUUGUCAGUAAUAUCAGCGUGUUAAAGUUUAAUUUACUAUCUUAACUCAGCUUUAUUCGCUUUGGGGCUAGUUAAUGUUUACGAUACGUCAAGGAAGUGAGUGCGGGAGAAGCUCGCUCGGCCUGGCUAACGCUAACUUGGCCCACUGACACGCUAGCGGGUUCGGCCGGUUUGUCCUACUUAAUAAACAAUCUAAGUGGCUUUUCUCUAUCCUCUUACAAGUACCUGCUACAUCCUUGAGAGAGUGAGAUCUUUAAGGAACGGCAUGCUUUCACAUCUGUCAAAUUUUACUGAGUUGUUGACAGUAAAGGUGUAGCUUUUAAGGCCUUCAUCCUUACUGUUUACUCUAAUGUACUUGAGUAGAUGCAUCAACAUCAUAGUGGUAACAGUAGGAUUUAAAAUGAUGUUCAUAUAUCAUUUGUGUGAGUAUGAAUGAAACGUGAACUGAGCUAAAUAGUGCAAAAUGACAGUCAUGUAAUAAGUAACAGAUGGUGUUACAAGGUUUCUGUCUCAUUGUUUCUCCAUCUGUGCACAUGAGCUGGCUCAGUGCAUCAUUAGAAGCCUGUAACUCUUGGUUUUGUUCAUUGACACACUGAGUAUAAGCCAUGCGUCCUGUAGAUGUCCUAUUUUGAACAUAAGCCUUUUGUGUCCAAUCUUUAACAGCUUGAGAGCCUGUCAGUCUGGAUUAUAAUGCAUCACUGACUAAUGUGCUCUAGUAUGAGACAAAUCUGAUGAUGGGAGCAGUUUUUUUUUUUUAUCUAAGGCUGAGCAGAUAACGGCAUCAUCUUUCCGUUAACUGCAGUGCUUUGCAUGAAGUUGGUCAAAUCAUUUAACAAAGUUGAAGUAGGACUUACGACACUGUCUUUGAAUUGAGUUAAAGGGAUAUUCCUGCAUAAAAUUAAUUUAGGGUCAAACACACCGUAACACCGAGUUAGACACACCCUCGAGAGAUAAAUGUUGCAGACGGCUUGCUUCUCUAGUUUUACCGACUUUAGUAACGACCGCAGGAUAGCAAUACACAGCGGUCUGAGGAGCCAUAAACAAACCUCAACUAAAACGCCACUCUAUAGCCACAAAUAAUGCUCAGAACAGCACCUAACUUCAUCAACAGUACAUAUAGGGUCACAGCUACCAAACAUCUUUCUAAAUUUGCCUAAAUUCUUUCGCAAAGAGACUAAACACAACUCACCUACUCUCUUCCAGCAGCCACAUGUUUGUCCAUUACGGACUGCUGCGGGGUGACACUGCUCAAUAAGAAUAUUUAUGGUCAUUUCUUUCUAAUUUCCUUUAAGUUAUAAUCACUAAAUAAAUCAUUUGGCACUGCAGACACAGUAGUUCCUCUGCCUUAGCGUCUCGGUCUGAUUGCAUUUCCAUGAAGAAAUGAUCAUAAAUGUUCUUCCUUGAGCUGCGUCACCCCACUGUAGGCCGUAAUGGACUGGCCUGAGGUCUCACUACAAACAAGCAGCUGCUGGAAGAGAGUAGGUGAGUUGUGUUUAGUCUCUUUGCUAAAGAAAUUAGUCAAAGUUAAAAAGAUGUUUGGUGGCUAGUACUAUGGCUGGGACCCUAUAUGUAUCUUUAUGAAGUUAGGUGCUGUUCUGAGCAUUAUUUGUGGCUAUAGAGUGGCGUUUUGGUUGAGGUUUGUUGGCUCCGUAGACCACUGUGUAUUGCUAUUUUGCAGUCGUUACUAAAGUUGGUUUAACUAGAGAAGCAAGCGGUCGGCAACAAUCAUCUCUUGGGGGGGGGGUGUCUAACUCCUUUUUACGGUAUGUUUGACCCUAAAUUAAUUUUACCCUGGAAUAUCCCUUUAACUGGUAAAACUAAUGUUGGUGUUUUUUAAUACACAUUCUGCUUAGAAAAUGAGAAAAACCACUGAGAUUGUUUCUCUUCCCGAAGGAUCCCUCAUUAUAAUUACAUUUGGCCUCAUUGUCUUUUUUGUAAAGCUGCAUGAGCUGCAUGCUCAAAAAGGCUUUUUAAAUCAGGUUAAGAUGAUACAAAUUUGAUCAUGGUUAUGUGUUGUAAUACCCAGCCCUUUAUACUGUAUUUUUAAAGAGCUGUCUUAAUGCUUACCCAUGCUGCUCCUUUAGGUGAGCUCCCAUCAUGACGACUCUAGAUGACAAGAUUUUGGGAGAGAAGCUGCAGUAUUAUUACAGCAGCAGUGAGGAUGAAGGCAGCGAUAAUGAGGAUGAAGAUGGGGAGAGCAAGACCAUCCGGGAUGGAAACGUCAAUGAGCCUGAGAUAGAUUACAGCGCAGAUGGAAGUGCUAUCAACACAGGUACCGACACAAGACCGUGCGUGCAAAAAUGCACUCAUUAAGCCAGUGUACACACUGUGCAAGAAUAAAUCGAGGAUAAUUAGAGUGCAGGUUUCCUUGGUAACAGUGUCACUGGUUGUUUUUUUUCCUAGGACCAAAAGGCGUCAUCAAUGACUGGAGGAAGUACAAACAGUUGGAAGUGGAGCAGAAACAAGAGCAGAAGAAAGAGAUGGAGAGACUGAUCAAGAAGCUGUCGAUGACCUGCCGCUCUGACCUCGACAUGGAAAAAGACAAAGAGAAGCAGAAAGAGUUGAAGGAAAAGAUUCAAGGCAAAGUAGGUCGAAGGGGAAUAAAAUGCACAGGGCUCCAAUGACUCAGACUUCUUCUUUACACUAUCAUUACACUGACCAAUAUACUUGCUAAUGGAAGAGGCUCAAUACAGACACGAUGUCAAUCCGAGAAAACCUGAGUAACAAUGAACAAUCCCUUCGGCUUUGGCUUCUUAUACAGUUUAAAUAGUGAUGAGCCAAACUUAAUGAGAUACUUGAUUCCAUGAGGAACUUUUGGUUCAGUUUGGUCAAAUUUGGUGUCCCCGAUGGUCAAUGAUACACAUCUUCUCACUUUUCUGAUCUUGUUGGUGAAAUCUGAUCUGUCUCACCAUCUGAAUCUUUGCAAAAAUACAUUUCUCUCUCUCUUAAAAUUUUCUCUUUGACACCCCUCUCCCUUUCAACAGAUGACCAUGCAGGAGUACAACAUGCUCCAGGAAGAAGAAGAUGACGAAGACUUCCUUCAGCAUUACCGUAUGCAGCGCAUUGAAGAGAUGCGGCGUCAGCUCUGCCGCGGCAAACGCUUCGCACAGAUUUACGAGCUGAACAGCGGGGAGGACUUCCUUGAGGCUCUGGACAAGGAGGACAAAAGCACGCUGGUCAUGAUCCACAUCUACGAGCCGGAGGUCCCCGGCUGUGAGGCCAUGAGCGGCAGCUUGUUGUGUCUGGCUCAAGAAUACCCGCUGGUUAAGUUCUGCAGCGUACGCAGCUCGGCCAUCAGCACCAGCAGUCUGUUUAGGGACAGCGCUCUACCUGCUCUGCUUGUUUACAAAGGAGGGGACUUAAUCGGCAACUUUGUGCGGCUCACAGACCAGCUCGGAGAAGAUUUCUUCGCUGUGGACCUGGAAGCCCUGCUGCAGGAAUACGGCCUACUCCCCGACAAAGCCCCGAUGGUCCAGAAGACAGUUCGCAACGGAGCAAUCGUACAGAACACAGUGAGCGAUGAUGACUCUGACCUAGAUAUAGACUAAAGCCAUAAUAAUCUUUACGCUUUAUAUGCUUGAAAAGUGUACGCAGUCCGCAUGAAUUAUCAAUCACUUUUAUGUAAAUGGACCACGCGAGAAAGACAGACUGAGCCAGGAUUUCAAACAGACCAUUCAUAUAAUAACAGCACAACCAGCAUUGUUCAUACAAUGCAAAAGUAAGACAACAUGAAAUCAGUCCCUGUUAAACUUCAGUUACAUUGAAUCAAGUAAACUUUGUUCAUGAUCAGUUUUGAGGAGUUUUUGUUUAACCUACUUAGAAAGAUGUAGAUGUUGACUAUUGUUUUGUUGUUUUGUGAAUGUCUAUUUAUUCAUUGUGUAAACCAAAUACACAUUCCACUUUGUUUCAUGUGCAUCUUUAUACUGUACUGAAUGUGUUUCACUCUGUAGAAUAAAAAACCUUUCAGCUGAAAUUACUGACAGUUAAUUUUCUAACUUUUAUAUGUGGUGUAACAUUUCAGAUAGUGGCAAAAAUAAACAAAUGUUUGGACUCUCUGCCUGCUGUAUUUCAAU